AUGUCCGACUCCGCCAAAUCACCACCGCCAAAUCCGGCGCCUCGACGCUCAGUCCCAGCGAAAAGAAAGACAAUGGCCGAUCGGUUGAAUAAUCAGGUGCACCAGGCGUGUUCCACCUGCAAGGCCCGGAAAGCCCGAUGCGACUCGAGACGGCCGCGCUGUUCGUUCUGUGAAGGUCGCAACCAGGACUGUGUCUAUCCGCCUCUGUACAAGAGGGCCAUCUGCUCCCAGUUUCAUGUGGAUAACUUGGAAGCGAGAGUCCAGGAGCUGGAAGCUCAAGUAAACAACCAGCCAGAGGCGAUAGCAAGGGAUCCACAGGGCUCAAUCCCCUCGCCCCUAAACAGCUCGCACAGUCGAUCGAAUGGUCCACAGCCAUUUCUCGCGCUGGUACAGGACGAUGAUGCUGCUACAGAGAUCGGCGAAGGUAACAAGGACUACAAUCCUGUAGCCCCCGAGCCCAUCGCCCCAAUAUCGGCAUUUCCCACCAGCGAAAAUGAGACCGGAGCCAGGGAAACGGCAGAGGAACUGCCGGCAACAGAUGGAAUGGUGGAAUACUCCAUGUCGCCACAACAAGGGAAAGAUACGGACGGAUUCUACAGUGAUUCCUAUUCUCUUCGGUUUGCCAUGCACGUUAAGGCCUCCACUAUGCCUCUAAGGAUGUCUGUAUCCACAGUAGGCCACGCUUUACCCCCUAGACAGGGCUUUCUUGAAGUGAAUGCCAGCUCAUCUACCGGCUCAUGGGAUGACGAGGACGAUCUCGCCACGUUGCGGUCAUACUUGGCCCUGCCAUCUUUCCAAGGCCUACCGCAUCGACAUGUUGCGAAACAGUUGCUAGAGGCGUACUUUACUAAUGUCCACCCUAUCUGGCCUUUCUUAAUCGAAGCGGAUACGCUGGCUCGGUUCGACAAGAUGUACACAUCCGACAGCCCCAUUAAACCAGUUGCUAUGGCGACGAUGAAUUUGAUAUUUGCACUGGGCUGCCAAUUCUGCCGCAACAUAACCCCCGGCGGCGAUCUAGUGAGCACUAUGGGUUCCGGCACUUCCUUUUAUAGGUGUGCCCGCGCCUUUAUUGUCGCGCAUACAUAUAAUACCUGCUCAAUCAGCAUGCUGCAGACGCUCUUGCUGAUGGCACAGUAUCAACAAGUGAUGGACAAGAUCACAGAAGAGCUGCAAACACCUCGUCGACAAUCCGAGACACCUGUCGAACCCGAAACACAGCGCAACGUAUUGCAGACGCUAAUAGAUUUGGUAGAGGCUGACGAACGACUAGUAUCUUGGCAUGCAUCUCUCCCUGACUACUUUCGAUUCUCUUUGGACAGCACAGAGCAGCAAGACUCACCACAACCCUGGUGGGUACAACGAUGCAAAAUUGUCCUUAAAAAUAGGUUCCUCGGACUGCGCAUUUUGCUUCACCGCCAAACUAUCCUCCUCUUACUUGGCCCGUGUCAGCCCAUGGAGAGCGCCACAUAUCCGUCUUAUCACUGGCCACCGCUCUUUCCCGACCUUAUGCACGGACCGGCCGCCAACAGUACUGUUAUACGGCCUCAGUCCAAGUUCGAGAGCGUGCUGGCCUAUCUAAGUGCUCAGAUAUGUGUCAGAUCAGCGCAGCAGCAGAUUGACACGAUCAGUGUUAACCGCCCCGCCAAUCUGACCGGUGCAUGGUGGUGGGAUUUUCACUGUAAGCCGUCCAUUCGUGCAUCCCUUUUCAAAACAGUCUAA